GCUGCAUGCAGGUGAAGCGGGAGGUGGGAGACGUCAGCAUUCUGGUGAACAAUGCUGGGAUUGUGACGGGGAAGAAGUUCAUGGAUGCUCCUGAUUCCCUGAUUGAGAAGACGAUGGAGGUCAACACCAUGGCUCACUUCUGGACCUACAAGGCCUUCCUUCCCGCCAUGAUUGCCAACAAUCACGGCCAUCUUGUCAGCAUUGCUAGUUCUGCUGGACUCAUAUCCUGCAAUGGAUUGGCAG